AUGGGAGAUGCGACAGAUGACAGAGGGAUGAGACGGACCUUCAUAGUCCCUGCCAUCAAGAGCUUCGACCACUAUGACUUUACCAGGGCCAAGAUAUCAUGCAGCCUGACGUGGCUGGUAGCCAAGGCUUUCGGAUCGGAUGCAGUACCAGAGGAGCUGGUGGAGCCUUUCUACAGGGAUCAAUACAACCAGGAGCACCUGAAGCCUCCAGUGGCCUGCCUGCUCCAGUCUGCAGAGCUCUACUGCCGCGCUGGAAGUCUGAUCCUCCGCAGCGAUGCAGUCAAACCUUUACUGGGACACAAUGCUGUCAUCCAGGCUCUGGCCCAGAAAGGCCUGUAUGUGACUGACCAGGACCGACUGGUGACUGAGAGAGAUCUGACCAGCACGCCUAUACACAUGAGUUCCCAUCUGGCUCUUAUAGAUACCCUGAUGAUGGCAUAUACGGUGGAGAUGGUGAGUGUGGAGAGGGUGAUGUCCUGCAUCAACAGGUACUCCUCCACUGAGCACUCCCAAAGUGACGGACACAUGCAGGAGCUGCCUUAUGACACAGAGGAUGCAAUCACCACCUGGAUCAACAAGGUAAAUGAGCACCUAAGGGACAUCCUUGUAGAAGAGCAGAAGCUGAGAGAAGCUUCCUUCCAGGAGUCUAACACAACACACAAAGCUCGCUAUAGGCGGGAGCAUGCCCAGCAGAGGAGUGCUCCAUCUCUCCCCCUGGUGGAUAACUUGCUGAAGGACAACACGGACGGCUGCGCUCUGACUGCUCUGCUGCAUUUCUACUGCCCACAGGCGGUCAGACUGGAAGAUAUCUGCCUCAAAGAGACCAUGUCUCUGGCUGACAGUCUGUACAACCUCCAGCUUGUACAGGAGUUCUGCAGGAACAACCUUAACCACUGCUGCCACUUCACCCUGGAGGAUAUGCUCUAUGCACAUGCAUCCAUAAAGAGUAACUACCUGGUGUUUAUGGCUGAGCUUUUCUGGUGGUUUGAAGUGGUUAAACCCUCGUUUGUACAGCCCAGAGUCUUCGACCCGAAUGCCUCUGAGCCUGUAUCAUCCUUCAGAAAUAUGGCUCCUGUGUCCAGCCCAGUUAAACAGAGCUAUGCAGACAGACCUGACAGCCCAGAGAGUGUCCCUACUGAGGGUGUAAUGAAGAGAGCUACCUCCAUGUCCUACAUGGAUGGCUGUGUUGGUACAUGGCCAAAGGAGAAACGCUCCUCCUCUCGCGGAAUCUCCUUUGAGAUUCCUCUGGAUGGAGAUCCGACCAUGCCAAUUAGUGAAGUUCCCUCUCUCCGCGGUAUGACCCGUUCUGCUAGCAGUGAUGGUCUCGGUUUCAAAGUUCACUAUGCACGAGGAGGCAUGAAGCGCCACCAAUCCCUUAUGCCCGUCAACAACAACAUAAAUGGCCAGAGCCGACACAUUCCAGAGGAAGAUGAAACCUCCCACAAACCACUCGGGCGGAACAACACAUUCUCUAUCAAGAACCAAAGCAGGUACUCUAAUGGAGACCUCUCCGACAGCAACCACCACCCCAGCAAUCACCAUGGUAACCACAGUGGCCACAUCAGCCCAUCGACUCCUCCGAGCAUCGAAGAGGCCCUGAAGAUCAUCCACAACACAGAAAGGCCCCAUGCUAGCCUCGGCGUGGGUGACAGAGACAAUGGCUUCUUUCUUCACGAUGCAGAGCCUUCAGACCCUCCAGGACCGUCGGGUCUAGGAGAUGACCAGGGAUCAGCUAAGGCCCAGUUGAAUGACCAUGACCCCAACUCUGUCUCCACUGAUGAAGUUGACACAGGCAUCCAUGUGAGGACAGAGGACAUUCAAAGCUUGGAUGAGGACUCCUCCUCUCUGAGAGACUAUUCAGAUAUAGACCCGGACUGUGAGGCCAUGACCAGGUCAUGCCCUCUACCUGGCCAGGCGGAGAGGGAAAGAAAUGGGGAAGGAGAGCGUACAGGUGUUGGUGAGUCUAGCCCUGCAGGUGAGAGGGGAGAUGGAGUCGACAGGAGCAGCCCCUGCCCAAGUUCAGCACCCACACUCCCCAGAUCCCACACAGUCAGCCCUGCCUCAUCCUCUGUUGGCUCUGCAGGCGGCAUGGUGCGAAUGACAAGCUUUGCUGAGCAGAAGUUCAGGAAGUUAGAGGGGAGGAGUAGUGGAGGAACAACACCAGAGAGUUCAGAUCUCAAUGUACCGUAUACACACCAGACCAAAAUCUUUUCUUCUCAGAUCUCCACACCCCCUUUGCCGAUCACAUCUCCCUCUCCAAUAUCGCCUUCCCCCAGAGACCCCUCCCACGUCAUAGCCUCAGAGAUGAUUCAACUGAGGAUGAAGCUGGAAGAGAAACGCAGAGCCAUUGAAGCCCAGAAGAAGAAGGUGGAAGCAGCUUUUACUCGCCACCGUCAGAGGAUGGGCAGAACAGCCUUUCUGAAUGUAGUGAGAAGAAAGGGAGUCACUGCCCCACUCAGCCCCAGCUCAGGAGGAGCAGAAACACCUUCUCCAGAACCACUCACAUCCACAAAGGAAACCAGCCAGGGCAGCAUGGAGCGGGCAGAGAGGUGCAAGCCAGACGGAGCAGCUCCCAAAUCGCCCUGUGAGGAUGGAGGUGUGGGUCCAGGUGAAAUCGACCUUGCAGAGUACACACGUUCCAUCGAGAGGCUGAACACGUCACUGGGGUUCCUGCAGACAGAGAUGCAGCGUUUGGCUCAGCAGCAGGAGAAGAUCAUGGCCAUGAGAGAGCAACAUCAACAGACCUGGGUCAUUCCUCCUCCUGCUCCAUCUCCACACAGGCAGCUCCGUGAGUUACGCAGUAGCAGUGUCACAGGCCGGGGCUCUGGCCGAGGAUCAGUGGGGUCCUUGUCUCCCAUCUUGUCCUCUUCCGGCUCUCCUCGUGCUCCCAAUCAUUCCCCUGCUGGCAUUAAGCGACGGCCAGCGUCCUUCCAUGCCAGGACACCUCGUACUCCACGACCAAAUGAUCUGAAGGUCACACCCUUCAGCCGAAUGCUCAACACUCCCACCUCAGUGGACAGCCUACCCAGACUGAGGCGUUUCAACCCGAGCCAAACACAGACCAGCUCGUUUGCUUACCUGAGUCACGAUGGCCAGGGCAAUAACAGCAAAGAAAACACUAAGAACAAAGAAGAGACUACAGCAAACAGGAGUGUAGGCACUCCUUCGUCUCCCACUAAAGAAUCAGCCAAAGAGAAGGAAGAUGAAAGACCAGAGGAGAGGAGAGAGGCAAAGCAGGUCGAAGUCAAACAGUUGAGGUCAUCAGAGGUGUUGUGUCAGCCUGUGUCUGAGAUCCAAGGGACCACAGGCAGCCAGGUCAAACCAGACUCCCAGGACAGGAGAGAGCUGGUGGAGGUAACUGUGUCUGGGACAAAGCCUCCAGAUAGCCAAAGUCAGGAGGUGACAGGAGAGGGAGAAGCAGGAGCAGGAGCAGAAACGUAUGGGGGAGACCAGAAGAUGUGCUGUGGAUUCUUCUUCCAGGAUGAUAUGAAAGGGGAACAGGACAUGGCAGCAAAGAAAGCAGCUCUGCUGGAGAAGAGGCUGAGGAGGGAAAAGGAGGCACAGGAGAAGAAGCAACAGCAGGAGCUGGACCAGGAGCAGAAUAAGGAAGCUGCACGGUUGAAAGCAGAGGAGGAGCAGCAGAAGAAGGACGACGAGAAAGAAAGGAGGGAAUACAUCAAGCAUGAAUAUAUGAGGAGGAAGCAACUCAAGCUGAUGGAUGACAUGAACGACGUCAUCAAACCCCGAUCUGGAAGUCUCAAGAAGAAGCCAAGGCCCAAGUCCAUCCACAGGGACGUCAUGGAGUCGUCGACUCCCCCUGUUAGAGCAUCAGGAGUGCGUCCUCGAGGCUUCUCUGUGUCAAGUGUUUCUUUGGCCUCUCUCAAUCUGGCAGACAAUGACAGCAACAAGACGGAUAACAAGAAGAACAACAGGCCAGACUCUGCUGAAGGUUUUUCUUCUUGCCCGUCCGCUGGGAGUCGUAACGGAGAGAAGGACUGGGAAAACGAUUCUACCACCUCCUCCACUCCCUCCAACACGGAGUACACAGGACCCAAAUUAUACAAGGAGCCCAGUGCCAAGUCCAACAAGCACAUCAUCCAGAAUGCUUUGGCUCACUGCUGCCUGGCUGGCAAGGUCAACGAAGGGCAGAAAAACAAGAUACUUGAUGAAAUGGAGAAAUCUGAAGCCAACAACUUCUUGGUGUUGUUCCGUGACGCCGGCUGCCAGUUCAGGUCCGUGUACACCUACUGCCCUGAGACAGAAGCGAUCACCAGAUUGACCGGCAUCGGGCCGAGGAGCAUCACAGCCAAGAUGAUUGAGGGCCUGUACAAAUACAACUCAGACAGGAAGCAGUUCAGCCAGAUCCCAGCCAAAACCAUGUCCGCCAGUGUGGACGCCAUCACCAUUGCCAGCCAUCUGUGGCAGACCAAGAAGCAGGGGACGCCCAAAAAACUGCACCCUAAGUAGUGGCAGAUGGCUGGGCACCAUUUGGACAUGCCUCUCUGGAAAUACAAAAGAAUUUGUGGAUUUUCCUUGUUG